UCCCCAAACAGAGGCGAAGGGCUGAAAGGCGGGUCCCCAUACCGUCCGCGACACCAAAUUACGCGUUCCAUCGGCGAGCUGUCGUCGCCCAUCCGCCUACACCGCCACCACUCGCACCGCGCCGGCAAGGAGAGAGACCGUGACGCACUAGGCUCCUCCCGGCAGUCGGCAGCAGCUCUAGUCACCGAAGGCAGGCUUUCAUUGGACGGGUCACGAUCUGACGGCGGCAUCAUGACGCCAAAUCUGAGUCCGAAUGCGAGCCGGAGGACCAGCGUCCUCGUCGCCUCGACCGACGAUAGCCCCGUCGUGGCGCCUCCGCCCACACUCAACCACACAGCUACAUUCCCGAGCAGGAGGACAUCCAAGGAGAACGGGCUGGCCAAGGAACAGCAAAAGGCCGUUGCGAGAGAGAGCGGCUUGAAGCGCUCGCUGGCCGAGCUCGAAAGCUUCUCGACGGCCAAGACCAGAAGCCUGGACGACACGUACUACUCGGUCCUGGAGAAGCUCGGGACGCUGCAGGGCACCAUCGCCGCGCUGAAGGAGCUCGCCGAGCUCUCGCGCCAGAUGAACAGCAGCUUCAGCUCCGAGGCGGAGGAGCUGGUAGCCGACGUCAGCUCGCAGCUCGACGGGCUCGGGCAGUUCGACGACCAGCAGGAGCGCAUUGAGUCGCUGCAGGGCCGCAUCCACGUGGGUCGGGACAAGAUCAGGGCGCUGAGCGACCGGGUCGACGCGGUGCGGGAGCGCAUCGAGAACUGGGAGCGCGCCGACAGGGAGUGGCAGGAGCGCACGCGCAAGCGCCUCAAGGCCGUCUGGCUGGUCACGUCGCUCGUCAUCUUCCUCAUGCUGCUGCUGCUCGCGACCGCCCACUACGCCUCCGAGAGCGGCAAGCUGGACGACGGCAGCAGCGCGGCCGUUCGCAUGGCCAACGAUGGUCUACAGACGAUCCGAAAUGUCACUGGUGCCGGGGUUGGCGAC